AUGGGCCUGGACCUGCCCUCGGGCGGCCACCUCACACACGGCUUCUACACCAAAACCCGCCGCGUCUCCGCCACCAGCAUCUACUUUGAGAGCCUGCCCUACGCCGUCGACCCGGCCACUGGCCUCAUCGACUACCCCGCGCUUCGCCACCACGCCGCCCUCUUCCGCCCCAAGUGCCUCAUCGCCGGCGGCUCCGCAUACCCCAGGGAGUGGGACUACAAGACCUUCCGGGACGUUGCCGACGAGAGCGGCGCAUACCUCCUCGUCGAUAUGGCCCACAUCUCCGGCCUGGUCGCCACGGGCGCCGCCGAUAACCCGUUUGAGUACGCCGACGUUGUCACGUCCACUACCCACAAGAGCUUGCGCGGCCCGCGCUCCGGCCUGAUCUUCUACCGUCGCAAGCCGCUGGCCGCCGCGGGGCAGGGCGUCGAUAUGGAGGCCGCCAUCAAUGGCGCCGUCUUUCCGGCCCUUCAGGGCGGCCCGCACAACCACCAGAUCGCCGCCCUCGCCGUCCAGCUGCGCGAGGUCGCCACCGACGCGUUCAAGGAGUACGCGAGACAGGUCGUGCGCAACGCCUCCGCGCUCGCCGACGAGAUGGUCAAGCUUGGGUGCAAGCUCGCCACAGGUGGCACGGAUAACCACCUCGUACUGUGGGACCUGCGCCCGCUAGGCUUUACAGGGUCCAAGGCGCAGCUGCUGUUUGACAAGUGCAGUAUUACGCUGAACAAGAACGCCGUGCAUGGGGACCGGUCCGCGAUGAACCCGGGUGGUGUCAGGCUUGGCACGCCGGCCCUGACAACGCGCGGGUUUGAUGAGGAGGACUUUAGAAGGGUGGCGCGCUUUCUGAGGCGCGGCUUAGAUAUUGGCCUGGAGAUUCAGAAGGUCACCGGGAAGAAGCUCGUCGACUUUGAGCCGGCGCUCGAAGGGAACCAGGAGCUGGAACAGCUGAGAGAGGAGGUCGAAGAGUUUGCGUCCAAGUUUAGUAUGCCGGGCGUUGAUCCCGAGGCCGCGUAG